AUGGCCCCCAAGACUGACGUUAACACCACCCUCGCCAACUCCGAGGUUGUCUACAAGUACCGAACCGCCGGCGAGAUCUCCGCCAAGGUUCUUGAGCAGGUCAAGGCCCUCUGUGUCGACGGCGCCAACCUCUACGACAUCUGUGUCAAGGGUGACGAGCUCCUCGUCGCUGAGACCAACAAGAUCUUCAAGGGCAAGAAGGUGACCAAGGGUGUUGCUUUCCCCACCGCCAUCUCCCCCAACAACUGUGUUGCCCAUCUGUCUCCCAUCUCCACUGAUCCCGAGGCCAAGAUCAACCUCAAGACCGGCGACGUCAUCAAGGUGUCUCUCGGCGCCCAGAUUGACGGCUACGGCGGUGUUGUUGCCGACACUCUCGUUGUCUCUGGCGGCCCCAUUGCCGAGGGCCCCAUCACCGGCAAGGUUGCCGAUGUCAUCUCUGCCGCCUGGUACGCUACCGAGGUCGCUGUCCGAACCAUCAAGCCCGGCAACAAGAACUGGGACGUGACCCGAAACGUCGAGGAGGUCUGCAAGGCCUACGGCUGCACCCCCGCCGAGGGUAUGCUGACCCACCAGCAGGGCCAGAACAUUCUGGAUGGUAAGAAGCAGAUCAUUCUCAACCCCACCGAGGGCCAGAAGCAGAACUUCGAGACCUUCACCUUUGAGGCUGAUGAGGUCUACGGACUCGACAUUCUUGUCUCCACCGGCGACGGUAAGGUCAAGCAGGGCGAGACCCGAACCACCAUCUACAAGAAGACCGAUCUGACCUACCAGCUCAAGAUGCGAUCUUCUCGAGCCGUUUUCUCUGAGGUCCAGAAGAAGGCCGGAGCCUUCCCCUUCUCCGUCCGAGUCCUUGAGGACCCCACCAAGGGCCGAAUGGGUCUCCAGGAGUGCAAGAACCACGGUCUCGUCAUCCCCUACGACGUCCACUACGAGAAGGACGGCGAGAUUGUUGCCGAGUUCUUCACCACCGUCGGUGUCACCAAGGACGGUAACAUCAAGCUGGCCACCGCCCCUCAGCCCGACUUCUCCAUCGUCAAGUCUGACAAGAAGAUUGAGAACGAGGAUCUCCUCAAGGUUCUCGCUGAGCCCCUCAAGCUCUCCAAGAAGGAGCGAAAGGCCCAGGAGGCUGCUUCUGCUUAA